CAGUUAGACUUGAUGCUGUUCUUGGAGGCCGUGAUGUCCAACACGGGGAAAUUCAAGGCCAUGACUCUCACAAAAAUCUUGUCUUUUCUUCUUUCUCUUCUUCUGAUUCCUCCAUCUUCUCAUUACCAAUCCAAUCACUUUCUGCAGCAAGGCCUAAUCUCUGCUGCUCCUCUCUAAUCCGAGUAACCAGCGUUGCUUUCUCUGCUCGUCUCAUCAACAUGACAAAUUCUUGUCUUUUCUUCACUUCUUCUUCAUCUACUUCUGAUUUCUCUUCUUAUGAUUCCUCCAUCUUCUCAUUACCAAUCCAGUCACUUUCUGUUGCUCCCCUCUAAUCCGAGUAACCAACGUUGCUUCCUCUGCUAGUCAUAUCUAUACUAAUAUCAUCAACAUAUCUGACCAAAGUUCUCCAGGCCUAGCCAUGUUCCUUCCCAUUAAUCCUGAAAUGUCUUGGCAUACUCGUGGCGUAGAUACGGCUCUCUAUCUCUCAUACCCUCCCUUUCAGAAAAUACUAUCCUUCUGAUACAAGCUAGUCUUCUAUUCCAGACCUCGAUUUGAGCUCUUUUGAAGUCGGACUUAACUUCUUCUGCAGGUGUUUUACGUGCCAAUCAACCUUGUAGUCAUGUUUCAAAGCAUCAAACUCAGCCAGUUCAUCCACACUCAGAAAUAAAUCAAAGCAAAUCACAACUAAUGUUUCAGCUCCAAAAUCUAAUAUUAAGGUUUCAGUUUAAAAUCAAAACACAUUACACAAUACUUAGAUAAUUAAAAAAAGCCAAUUGGAUAGAACAAAGAGGAAACAACAUACCAGUGCCCUCGAAUGGGUGUUCAAAAUCAGUCGGUCACCAAACAGAUCGUGGUUGUCAUCAUCUUCACCAACCCCUCUGCCUUCAGUUUCUUCUAAAACCCUUUCACAGGGGAAAAAAGAAAACAUAAACUAAAUCCUAACAAAACCAAAAAAAAAAAGCAUGAAUAUUAUUAAUUACAGUUUACAUACAUCUUCACUGAUAUAGCUUAUUGACGGACCAUGUUAUAUAAUUGAAUUUUAGUAUAUAUUGAUCUUUGUUAAAGAACAAAAAAAAAAUUGAAUUUCACAAAAAAAAAAAAAAAGCAUUUUAGUAUAUAUUGAUCUUUGUUAAAAAUAUUGGCUCUCUCCUGGGCACACUAGCGUUAGAUUCAAUUCAACCAGAAAAUUUCAUGCGCUUCUCCACCAUCUUCCGCAACCACACAAUCCAAUUCUCCAAUCGCCGGAGGAGCUCCGUCAAGCUACUUCACUCUCUGCCCCGACCAAGACCUAGAAACCCCUCCAACUCCAAGCGAUCCUUCCAAAAACCAAAACUUGCGAAAACACAGACCCCAGAGGACCCCAGGGUUUACACAAGAGACGUUGUAUCCAACAUCUAUAACAUCCUCAAGUACUCCACUUGGGAAUCUGCUCGAGAACAGCUCCCUCAUCUCGGUCUCAGAUGGGAUUCUCACAUUAUCAACCGUGUCUUGAAAGCACACCCUCCGAUGCAGAAAGCUUGGCUCUUUUUCAACUGGGCUUCCCAGAUUAAGGGUUUCAAACACGACCACUUCACUUACACCACCAUGCUCGAUAUCUUCGGUGAAGCCGGUCGGAUCCAAUCCAUGUUCUCCGUCUUUCACCUUAUGAAGGAGAAGGGUGUCUUGAUCGAUACGGUUACUUAUACAUCGCUUAUUCACUGGGUUUCAAGUUCCGGCGAUGUCGACGGAGCUAUGAGGCUUUGGGAGGAGAUGAGAGAUAAUGGGUGCGAACCUACCGUCGUGUCUUACACUGCUUACAUGAAGAUACUCUUCGCCGAUGGGAGGGUGGAAGAAGCCACGGAGGUCUAUAAGGACAUGUUACGGUCGCGAGUUUCUCCCAAUUGUCACACUUAUACUGUAUUGAUGGAGUUUCUUGUCGGCACAGGAAAAUGUGAGGAAGCUUUGGACAUUUUCUUUAAAAUGCAAGAGAUUGGGGUGCAGCCAGAUAAAGCAGCUUGCAAUAUUCUGAUUGCAAAAGCCUGUAAAUUCAGGGAAAUAUCAUUCAUAGCUCGAAUUCUUCUGCAUAUGAAACAAAAUGGGAUUGUACUUCGUUACCCUAUCUUUCUUGAAGCUCUUGAGACCCUGAAAGCCGCAGGUGAAAGUGAUGAUCUGUUACGAGAUGUCAACUCGCAUAUUUCCGCUGAAUUUUUGUGCUCCAGUGACAUCGAUGAGACUCCAACAGCCGAAGUUGAUGACACUAAGAGUUCAAAUGAUAGUAGAGUUAUCAGCUCCGUUCUCUUGAUGAAGCAGAAUCUGGUGGCAGUUGAUCUUAUACUUAAUCAGAUGAGAUAUCGGAACAUAAAGUUGGAUUCUUUUGUUGUUUCAGCUAUCGUGGAAACAAACUGUAGCCGUUGUAGAACUGAGGGGGCUUCGUUGGCUCUUGAUUACAGCUCGGAAAUGGGAAUCCAUCUAGAGAAGUCAGCAUAUCUUGCGUUAAUUGGUCAUUUUCUGAGAGUAAACGAGCUUCCUAAAGUGAUUGAAGUGGUCAAUGAGAUGCUGAAAGCGCAACACUACCUCGGUGUGUACCAAGGAGCAAUGUUGAUCCACAGGCUCGGGUUUGGGAGAAGACCUCGCUUAGCCGCAGAGGUCUUCGACUUACUUCCGGAUGAUCAAAAGGGCGUAGCUGCUUACACUGCGCUGAUGGAUGUUUAUAUCUCAGCAGGGAGCCCAGAGAAAGCAAUGAAGAUAUUGGGAGAGAUGAGAGAGCGAGAGAUAAUGCCUUCCCUGGGGACAUACAAUGUUCUACUGUCUGGUCUUGAGAAAACCAGUGAUUUCCCGAGAGAAACAGCGUUGUUGAGGAAGGAGAAGAAGAGUCUUGCUGCUUCUGCACGUUUCCGGGAAAAUGUUCAUGUUGAAGACAAUAUUGUAUGUGAUCUUCUGUUUGCUACAAAUCUGUAAUUCUGAUUGCAGCACAGGUGAAGUGUAUAUGUUUAACCGAGGCCCAUUAAUGUGCAAAUAUGAGGCCUAUACUGUUUUAAGCCCACCACCCAUUUAUUAAAUUUCAUUUUAUUGACAGACAUUUCUGAUAGAUUGAUUAGCAGUACGACUGAGUACUAACGCCGGAGAAAAGAGAUGGCGAGAUCGUACUCUAUCUGGACGCCUGUUUUGAUCUCACUUUCUCCGAUGAACGGAGAAUCACCUAAAUUUUCCCGACGCCGGGUGAUUUUAGCCACCAGCGUAGGUUCUCAUCAGGGUCGUACAACAGCUUUCAAAGAUCAAAAUUAGUUUUCUUUUCCCGGAGAGAUUUCUUGUGCUCUGUCUAUGUGAGAAUGAAUCCGAGGCCGUUGGGUUUUAGGUUGAGCUAUUAGAGAAUGUUUGAUCUAACUGUUUUGAGGUUAAGAUCGAAUUCAGCUGUUAUAUGCUUCCAACUAGUUAUGUUGAUUGGUUUGUGUCAUGUGAAUUUUGGGCAACAAAAGGCAUUCUUUUCAUAUGUUGAUGAUUGCUUCUGCUGUUUUCUCAUGGUCAAUAGGAGAAAGAAGAAGAUUGGUAUUAGUCCUUUACUUGAAGCAAACAUUAAGGAACCCAAAAAGCUUCAAGUCCUUGAUUCCGAAGAUAUUUCCAGAAGAAACACCAUGUUGUAUCUCACGGCUGGAUUCCUUGGAGGGAUCAACAUUCUCCAUGGUGAAGCCGCAGAAGCUCGAGUAGGGAGAAAGGAGAACAGGAAAAAAGCAAUGGAGAAGCUGAUGGCGAAGGCGAAAGAGUCAGAGCCGCCCAACAAGUCAGAAAACCAAAAGAUAGAGAAAGAGUUAGAGAAAGAAGAAGUAUUUCCUCUACUUCCUCCUCCUCUUGUGGUGGAGGCAAACAUGUUGCAAUAAGCUAUCUCCCUCGCUCUCUCUUUUGUUUACUCUCAAGAGACACGAUGUGUGAGAAUCAAAAAGCUUUUCAUUCCAACACCCAAUUGAGUAAAUGACACUACAUGCUGUUCUGUGCUA